AUGGACCUGGACGUGGACGUGGAUGUGGACGUGGACGUGGACUUGGACUUGUACGUGGACGUGGUCGUGGAUGUGGACGUGGACGUGGACCUGUACGUGGACGUGUACGUGGACGUGGACGUGGUUUUGGACGUGGACGUGGACGUGAACUUGGACGUGGACGUCGACGUGGACAUGGACGUGGAUGUGGACUUGGACGGGAUCUUGGACAUGGACGUGGAUGUGGACGUGGACGUGGACGUGAACUUGGACGUGGACGUGGAUGUGGAUGUGGACUUGGACGGGAUCUUGGACGUGGACGUGGACGUGGACUUGGACGUGGGCUUGGACGUGGACGUGGACGUGGAUUUUGAGAUGGACGUGGUCGUGGACGUGGACGUGGUUGUGGACGUGCACAUGAACGCGGACCUGGACGUGGACGUGGACAUGGACGUGGGCUUGUACGUGGACGUGGUCGUGGACGUGGACGUGGUCGUGGACGUACACGUGGACGCGGACCUGGACGUGGACGUGGACUUGGACGUGGGCUUGGACAUGGACGUGGACGUGGAUUUGGAGUUGGACGUGGUCGUGGACGUGGACGUGGUUGUGGACGUGCACAUGGACGCGGACCUUGACGUGGACGUGGACGUGGACGUGGACGUGGGCUUGUACGUGGACGUGGUCGUGGACGUGGACGUGGUCGUGGACGUACACGUGGACGCGGACCAGGACGUGGACGUGGACUUGGACGUGGGCUUGGACGUGGACGUGGACGUAGACGUGGAUUUGGAGUUGGACGUGGUCGUGGACGUGGACGUGGUUGUGGACGUGCACAUGGACGCGGACCUGGACGUGGACGUGGACGUGGACGUGGACAUGGACGUGGGCUUGUACGUGGACGUGCUCAUGGACGUGGACGUGGUCGUGGACGUACACGUGGACGCGGACCUGGACGUGGACGUGGACGUGGACGUGGACUUGGACUUGGACGUGGACGUGGACGUGGACGUGGACUUGGACGUGGACUUGGACGUGCACUUGGACGUGGACGUGGUCUUGGACGUGGACUUGGACGUGGACAUGGACGUGUACGUGGACUUGGUCGUGGACGUGGACGUGGACUUGGACGUGGACGUGGACAAGGACUUGGACUUGGACUUGGACUUGUACGUGGACGUGGUCGUGGACGUGGACGUGGUCGUGGACGUGCACGUGGACGUGGACGUGGACGUGGACUUGGACGUGGACCUGGACGUGGACGUGGACGUGGACUUGGACUUGUACGUGGACGUGGUCGUGGACGUGGACGUGGACCUGUACGUGGACGUGUACGUGGACGUGGACGUGGUCGUCGACGUGGACGUGGACGUGAACUUGGACGUGGACGUGGACGUGGAUGUGAACUUGGACGUGAUCGUGGACGUGGACGUUGACUUGGACAUGGACGUGGACGUGGACGUGGACGUGGACUUGGACGUGGACUUGGACGUGGACAUGGACGUGGACGUGGACUUGGACGUGGACUUGGACGUGGACUUGGACAUGGACGUUGACGUGGACGUGGAUGUGGACUUGGACUUGUACGUGGACGUGGUCGUGGACGUGGACGUGGUCGUGGACGUGCAUGUGGACGUGGACGUGGACGUGGACUUGGACAUGGACCUGGACGUGGACGUGGACGUGGACGUGGACUUGGACUUGGACUUGUACGUGGACGUUGUCGUGGAUGUGGACGUGGACGUGGACCUGUACGUGGACGUGUACGUGGACGUGGAUGUGGUCGUGGACGUGGACGUGGACGUGAACUUGGACGUGGACGUGGACGUGGAUGUGGAUGUGGACUUGGACGGGAUCUUGGACAUGGACGUGGACGUGGACGUGGACGUCAACGUGGAACUGGACGUGGAUGUGGACCUGGACGUGGACAUGGACGUGGACGUGGACGUGGUCGUGGACGUGGACGUGGAGUUGGACGUGGACGUGGACGUGGACCUGAACCUGGACGUGGACGUGGACGUGGACGUGGACCUGGACAUGGACCUGGACGUGGUCGUGGACGUGGACGUGGAUGUGGUCGUGGACGUGGUCGUGGACGUGGUCGUGGACGUGGUCGUGGACGUGGACGUGGUCGUGGAGGUUGACGUGGACGUGGUCGUGGACGUGGACGUGGACUUGGAUGUGGACAUGGACGUGGAUGUGGACGUGGACCAAGACAUGGACGUGGACGUGGACCUAGACGUGGACGUGGACGUGAACAUGGACGUGGACCUGGACGUGGACGUGGAUGUGGACGUGGACAUGGACGUGGUUGUGGACGUUGACGUGGACGUGGACGUGGUCGUGGACGUGGACGUGGACCUGGACCUGGAACUGGACGUGGACGUGGACUUGGACGUGGACAUGGACGUGGACGUGGAUAUGGUCGUGGACGUGGACGUGGACCUGGAUGUGAUCGUGGACAUGGACCUGGACGUGAUCGUGGACGUGGACGUCGACUUGGACGUGGACGUGGACGUGGACGUGGACUUGGACUUGUACGUGGACGUGGUCGUGGACGUGGACGUGGUUGUGGACGUGCACGUGGACGUGGACGUGGACUUGGACGUGGACAUGGACGUGGACGUGGACGUGGACGUGGACGUGGUCGUGGACGUGGUCGUGGACGUGGACGUGCACGUGGACGUGGACGUGGACUUGGACGUGGACAUGGACGUGGACGUGGACGUGGACCUGGAUGUGGACGUGGACGUGGACCUGGACGUGGACGUGGACGUGAACGUGGACGUGGACGUGGACUUGGACGUGGACGUGGACGUGGACUUGGACGUAGACAUGGAUGUCAACGUGGACCUUAACGUGGACGUGGACGUGGACGUGGACAUGGACGAGGACGUGAACGUGGACGUGGACGUUGUCGUGGACGUGGACGUGGACGUGGAGUUGGACGUGGACGUGGACGUGGAUGUGAACCUGGACGUGGACAUGGACCAGGACGUGGACGUGGAGGUGGACGUGGACGUGGUCGUGGACGUGGACGUCGACGUGGACGUGGUCGUGGACGUGGACGUGGACGUGGACGGGGUCGUGGACGUGGACGUGGACGUGGAUGUGGACCUGGACGUGGACGUGGAAGUGGACUUGGACGUGGACGUGAACGUGGAGGUGGACCUGGACGUCGACGUCGACGUCGACGUGGUCGUGUACGUGGACACGGAUGUGGUCGUCCAUGACGUGGACUUGGACGUGGACGUGGUCGUGGACGUGGACGUGGUCGUGGACGUGGAAGUGGACGUGGUCGUGGACGUGGACAUGGACGUGGUCAUGGACAUGGACGUGGACGUGGACGUGGAAUUGGACGUGGACAUGGACGUGGACGUGGACGGGGACCUGGACGUGGACGUGGACGUGGACCUGGACGUGGACGUGGACGUGAAUGUGGACGUGGACAUGGACAUGGACGUGGACUUGGACGUGGACGUGGACAUGGACGUGGACUUGGACGUGGACGUGGACGUCAACGUGGACCUGGACGUGGACGUGCAACACUCGAGGGUGUCCCGCAAGAGCAUUGCAACACUUCGGGGUGUGGGCUUUCCGGCAAGUGCAGUGUAA